GCCGAAUCCCUCGGGCGGCCAAGCCACGCAAAAAGCCGAGUUGAAGGAAACAACUCAAGCCAGUGUAACUUAGUGAACAUAUAACCAAUUGUAAAGGAUAACGGCUUCUCUUUCACACUCUUUUGAGAGCCGGAAGCGUCAUAUCUUUCGUUCUCGACCUAAUGCAUGUCUCUAUCCUGGACAAGACGGAAAACAUUGUUGAGUUCGUUACUCAAUAGCUCUGACGACGAUGAAGAAGGCCUUGCAUUGGAUCGCAUUUUGCAUGGUCAGCAGGUCAUAGGAAAGACUGCGAGAACUGCAGAGAUCGAAUCCCUCCGUUUCUCAGACGGAGAUCUUGUCGUCCUGGGCACGCUGGACCAUGGCCAAUUCGGGGUUAUCGACGUGGUGACGUGCCAGCUAAACGGUCGCGUAUAUGUUCGCAAAUCUAUUGAGAAACAUUUUGCCUCGCGGACUCGUGAACAAUGCUCUCCACAAUUAGAACGGGAUAUUCUUCUGCGCGCUCUUCGUGAGCGCUCUUCGUGGGCUCCGCACUUACUUUGUGCAUUCCAAACCUCCAGUCAUCUUAACAUUGUUAUGGAUUAUGCCGAAGGAGGCACAUUAUGGGAUAUACUUGAGUCAAGCCCUUAUGAAGGCAGAGUUCCUGAGGCAGACAUACUUUGGUGGGCUCCUCAGGCAGUCUGCGCCAUCAACUGGUGUCAUUCCCAAGGCUUUGUACAUCGUGACAUCAAACCCCAGAACUUCGUUCUCACAGCAAGCAAUCAUAUGCUUCUGAUAGAUUUCGGGUCUGCUGCGCCUCUUUCCCCACCAGAGCAUGACGGGAGCCAGCUAAUCCCGAAACGGUAUACCCUUGUUCCCUGUGGUACUUGUGAUUACAUCUCUCCCGAAGUUUUGCAAGCACACGAAGAUGCCCUCCUUGCAAUGGAGUUGUCAGACGAUAAUGUUUCUCCUUCGAUCUCCACAGAGAUUGGUUCGUAUGGCUUGGAGGUCGAUUGGUGGAGCCUCGGGGCAAUGUUGUAUGAGUUGGUUUACGGAGUGGCUCCUUUCUUCGCCAAAGAUAUCCGAACUACUUAUCUGAGGAUUUUGGACUAUGAGACGAGCUUGCGCUUCAAUGCGGCGGUUGUCGUUUCUGAAAAGCUACAGGAUUUACUCCGCAGACUUCUCACUGAUCGACAUCGCCGUAUUGGUAGAUGUAGUGUGUUGGAAAUUACGGAGCACCAGUUCUUUGGAAACACCGACUGGUCUUGUGUAGAUUCGCGUCCUGCACCGUCUGACAUCCAUGUGCCGCGAUUCACAUAUUCUGUGGCAGCAGCGCCUGGCUCACCCAUAGAGCGCCCAGAUCCCACGGAUGACGGAAAUUCACAGCCGUUCGCAUUUUCGGCUUUAUUCCAAUCCUCCCCUAACACUUCGCCUGGAAUAUCGAUUUUGCGAGAUACGCCUGAUCGCAUAUCCCCACGAGCCGAAUCGGCCUUCAUCGGAUUUUCGUGGGGUCCAACCAAUGAUGCAUUCCCUUUUUCAAAUUCAUUUCGAAAAGGCGAGACCGAUAGUCUAGCCACCCCUCAGCCCCUACAAGCCACUUCCGUGAAGUCCAGCCCCUAUCCAUCGCUCAAGCCCUCCAUCGUCGCACCCACGCACUUCGCGACACCCAUUCGUCCCCACGGUUUAUCAGCAUUUCACACUCUUCCCCGCACGAGCGCUGUUCGGCGUACAGCUCAGCGGCGCGCCGUUUCUGAUCGAGAAGCCAUGAAGCAGCUGGUGGAAUGCAUCGGAAUGAGUGCCAGGAAAAAAGUCCUCGCAAGUGGUCGCAAGCCGCGCUUGCUGCAGUCUUCUGGCCGAAGCCUCUCAAACACUGUCCGGAAAGAGCUGCGUUUUGGUCUCCAACCCAUUAUCACCAACAAAACUUACGACUCCGAUGACUUCCCACCCGUCGUAGUUGCUUCGACGUUCGAUGGAGCCGACGAAACGGAGUCGGAUGGACCACCAAGUCCCAGUCCCAGUCCACGCCCCGGUUCUGCAAUGUCUAUACUCAGCCGAAGAAGUGUCACACCUACGAUAUCUGGAUCUUAUUCCGCUCGUCUGUUAAACCUCCCCUCUACUACAUUUACGGCAAGCAGAUCGCACGAAGAACUCUUGAGCAAUUUGCAAAGCGACGGGAAGAUCUUUGAAUCACUAGAAAAUAGGCACGCCGCCAUGAUGUCAGAUUUGACAGCGAUUGAAGGGCGCUUGCGCCGCAUCUCCUUGCUGUUAUCGGUGGAGCCACUUAAGUCCUCCGCUGAUGUCAGUUGAAAGGGGACAUCUCGUCGGAGCGAUCCGUAUCACCGGCGCACGAACGUGAGUACUUAGAGAUGAUUUUCAAAACGGAACAAAUGUGCAACCGUAUACUAUACUAGUUUGUAUAGUACGUUGUACAAGGACCAUAUCCACAUCUUCUGAUGCCACCCGGCUGCGCAUCCCAUGCAUCAUUAGAUCUUUGGCGAGAAGUGUGGAAGCUGCUUCCCGUACAGAAUCCAACGUUCUGCCUGUUCACAACGCCCUUCGGCAGUUGCUAAC